AUGGGACGCGGCAACGGCCCUGCUGCUGGGAACCAGUACGGGUUAUACGGGUUAUACUGGUUAUACUGGGACACGGCAACAGGGCUGCUGCUGGGAACCACUCUCCAGCUGCAUGAGGAGAAGGCCCUGGUGGAGAUCCUGAGCUGCAGCGCCCUCCGGCUGUGCCGGGGACACCCCCCCGAGGGACGGAGCCUGGCACGGAAGGUGUCCCCUCGGGAGCGCCGGGAGCAGCGCGAGGAGCGGGAGCGGCUCAGCCGCAGCCUCAUCCCGGCGCUGCCGCAGCUCCUGCAGAAGUUCUCGGCGGAGCCCGAGGCCGUGGCCGCGCUGCUGGAGCUGCUGCAGCACCUGGAGCUGGGCCUGUUCCGCACGGCGCGCAUGGAGAGGCACCUGGAGCAGGUUCUGGGGCAGAUCCAGGAGGUUUUUGCCAAGCACUCCCAGCCCGUGCCCGCUCUCUCGGCCGCCUCGCGGGCGCUGCGGGCGCUCUGCGACCCCGAGCUGUCCCUGCACGGCCUGGGGGACAUCGCCAGGGGGCGCCUGGGGGACAGCCUGGGGGACAGGUGCCAGCUGCAGGUGACAGAGAUGCUGCAGGCCGUGUCCCCAGACGAGGAGGACGUUUACGCGCUGGCGGCCACCCUGAGGAGACUCUCGGCGCUCUUCAACGACCACGACCUGACCCCCUGGGCUCUCUUUGUGCCGCUGUCGCAGCUCCUGCGGCGCGCGCUGGACACCGGCGACCUGCCGGGACAGGUGACGAUCCCGGCCCUGUCCUGCCUCUUCUUCCACCUGUUCUGGGAGCUCUCCCGAGUGCCCGACUCCGGAGCCUCCCCGGAGUCCGUGCGGGAUCUGCGCUCGCGGGCGUCGCUGCUGCUCUCCCUGUGCCAGAGCUGCCUCGCGGAGCCCGAGCCCGGCCUCAGGGAGAAGGCGUUCCUGGUGCUGUGUGACCUGCUGCUGCUGCUGGGCCCGGGGCUGCCGGAGCCGGGGCUGCGCCUGGGCCCGGAGCCGGGGCUGCCCACACAGCUGGGGCUGGCCCUGCUCGACCUGGUGUUCAGUGAGGAGCCUGAAACUGGGCCUGAGCACCAGGGUGAGCAUUGAAAUUAUUGAUUUAUUGGGCAUUUAUUGAUUUAUUGGGGU